AUGGUGGCCAGGGGUUGGUUGGGAAGAUUGCGAGGGGCCCGGGCUAUUCCAAAUUUUAGCUGUGCCAGUCCCAAGGUCGAAGAAGCAAAGGCUCUAAGAGAGGCCAUGAUAGUUGCACAACAGCAAGGUUGGCGAAGUGUGGAGUUUGAAGUGGACUGUAGUCAAGUAGUGAAAGCAGUGUGCAGUGAGGAGGAGGACGUAGUGAUAGCAACAAUUGUACAUGACAUCAGGAUACUUAGGUUAAAAUUUGAUGAAUGUUGUUUUACCUUUACAAAUAGGGUGAACAACUUUGUUAGCCAUAAACUAGCUAAAGUAGCUAUUACUUUGGAACAAAAUACUGAAUGGAAGGAAAACUUCCUAGUUUGGCUGCUGGAACAAGUCCAGGCCGAUUGUAAGAGCUAUUGCCCACCUAUACUGUAA